CUCGCAGACGCAGACGCAGACGCAGACGCAUUCGUUCGUUCAUUUUCAUGGGAAAUGUGGUGUCACCAUGUGGCCACCACCGGCGCAGCUCCAGAUCACAGGUGGAGCUCAUCUUUUGGGAGGGGGCGACGAGGACGCUGACGGGGAAGCACGUCGCCGGCGAGAUCAUGUUCGAGUUCCCGGACAAGAUGGUGUGCCACGCGGACUCCUUCUUCCUCGGCCGCCCGAUCCCCGCCCUCGCCAUCGACGACGACCUCAUGCCAGGCGAGACGUACUUCGUCCUCCCGCUCGACUGCUUCCCGAGCCACGGCAGCGCCAUGCUCUCCGCCUCCUCCCUCGCCGCGCUGGGCUCGGCGAGCCCGAGGCCCGGCCCGAUGAGCUUCGGCGGGGACGGCCCCUUCGAGUACAUCAAGGGCAAGGACGGGAGGGUUUCGAUCAAGGUCGUGCCGGAGUUCAUCACGAGGUUGAUCACGAAAGGGAAAGGGAUCGACGGCGGGAACGAUUCGAGCGGCAAUAACAGUUCGGUCAGCCCUUGCCGCGGCACGCUCUGUAGCACGCCGGAACUGCAGAAGCAGUACGAGCAGCUGGUCGGGGCGAGGGAGCAAGUGUGGUCGCCGAAGCUCGAGACGAUAUCGGAGUACAAGAUUAGGUAUUCGCCGUGCCGGUUCAUGGGAUUGGAGUGGAAGCAAAAGGAGAAGGAAGGUUAACAUGUGAAUGUUUGUGUGGGUAAUAUGUGUAGUGGAUGAUGAUGAUGAUGUAGGUUUUUUCUUUUGCUAAUGAGUAGAGAGAAUGCAGAGAAGAAAUUUAACAAUUUGCCCUCGCAAGCCAUCUGUAAAAAUGAAAUUAAAGAGAGACAUAAGUUUCGAAAUAAUUAGAUAAGAAUUUUGGAUGGUUUCUUAUUCA